AGAAUUUGGCUUUUUGGCGAUAUCCAUAAAAUAGGCUGGUCACACCGACGAUAAGCAAUCCCGCAUCUAUCGAGAAGUUACGCCGGCACGUGUAGUUGAGUAAAAAGUUCACUCAUUAACUUUUCUCAAGCGCUCCAGUUUGCAUUUAAGAAUUAAAAUGGCCACCGCUAUCAAGAAGAUCAUACCCAUGCUGGACCGCAUUCUGAUCCAGCGGGCCGAGGCGCUGACCAAGACGAAAGGCGGCAUCGUUUUGCCAGAGAAAUCGGUGGGCAAAGUGCUUGAGGGCACCGUUCUGGCCGUUGGCCCUGGCACCCGCAAUGCCUCCACUGGCAACCACAUUCCCAUUGGCGUGAAGGAGGGCGACCGUGUCCUGCUGCCCGAAUUCGGUGGCACCAAGGUGAACCUGGAAGGUGACCAGAAGGAGCUGUUCCUCUUCCGCGAGUCUGACAUCCUGGCCAAACUGGAGUAGAUCUCGUCGCCGGACCCUGUCUCAUAAUUCUAUGAAUUCUAUGUUUUUUAUUAGUAUGUAACACACCCACAAACCCGAAACUACAGAACUACAAUAAACGCUGAUGCAAUAUUUUAGUUUGCAUUGCGCAUGGACCGCCAUUGAAUAAAUUUCGAGUUACUUGUUAAAACUAA